AGAUACAACUAUUUGGCUGCGAGGGAGAGCCAACAUGGCGGUCCAGGUUGAGUUGAGUUGUUUGGACAGUUUUCCUUCCCACCUGAGUCCUCUGGAUGUUUUGGCAUUAAAACAUCCCCUGGAAUCUGUUUUCCAAAAUGACACUAACUCGCCGACAGUCCUCUUCACCCCGCAGCAGUCUCAGCUCAGUGAAAGGACGGGCAUUUUACUUCGAGUUCACCCGACCACCCCGGAGGAGAUAAGCAGCUGCGGGGGUAGAGCCGACAGCGAGUCUGCACUGCGGCUCCGGCUCUUCGCCAGCAAGUAUUUCCUGAGGCACUACCGGCUCCAGCGGCACUCAGGCGCCGGAAGCAUCAGGCCUCUGGAGCCGGUCAACCUGGACAGAGUGGUGCUCGGAGCCCGCAGCAGGCAGAGUCUCCGCUGGGCUGGCGCGGAGCAGUUCACCGGCGGACUGCUGGAGCUCUGUCGCUUGGGACAGGAGCCACUGGUCCGGCAAGGAGACCCGCUUCUUUUGCCCCAUCAUCCGCUCUUCGGAGAAGACAUUGGGCAGGCGCAACAGCAACUCCUGGAGCUCCUGGUGCUGGACUGCAGUCCUGUAAGGCAGGGGAGGAUCACAUCUAACACUUCUCUGGUUCUGACUGACUGCUUGGACUCUUUGGACCCUCCAGGCCCUUCUUUUUCCUGUAGACCUCUCAGACUGUGUGUGUCAGACUUCGCUCACUAUGCUGACAGCCUUGGCGGGUCACGGUCUCUCCUUGACAGCUGGAGGUGUCUGGGUUCUGGACUGCCAGACGUCUUGCAGGCAUUGGAGUGCAGGUUGGACGUACGCGUGGUGGACACGCAACGAUGGUGCAGGGUCAAAGGCCAACAAGGAGCACCCGUGGACUUGAACAGCUGUGUGUUCAUAAGCAAACAGCUGCUUCUGAGACUGGGGCUGUUCAAUCAUGAGUGGGUGAGAUUGUCCAGGCCUGCUGGAAGCUACAGAGGACCAGUGGAAGAGGUUGAUGUCAGAGCUGGCCCCUGCAGAGAGCGCCUGGUCUCUGCAGUAGUGGUGGAUCUAAAGCUAAGUCCAGAACUAAAGAUCCACGAAGACGUGGGAUUCAUGUCAGCGACUCUGUGGUUCAACAUGACCGAAGGAGAAAUGAUUCCCCAGAAGAACUGCACGCUGAGGAUGAAGAGGUGGAAAGCAGCUCCUCCAGAUUUCAACCAGCACUCUGCCAGCUUCUGCCGCUCAGUUUCUCUUCCGCUUGCCAACGAGCUUCACAUCCAGCCAGUCAUCUCACCACAGCAGAACCUCAGCUGCCCCGACAACCUGCUGGCUGAGCACUUCAGUACACCACGAGUGGUUUCACAAGGAGACAUCCUGACAGUUCCUGCUAAAAACCACCCAGAUCUGCUGGAAAACAACACUGAGGGGAUCUACAGGUUUCCAGUGCUUUACUUUAAAGUGCAGAAGGUGCUUCAGUCUGGUGCAGAGAGAGGAGGAGCUCAUCUGGCUGAUAAAACCCACACCUCUCUCUACAUGGGAGCGUCCACCAACAGCCCUGUUCCCUACUGCAAUGUGGAGGGAAAAUCUAUGUGGAACAGCCUGUCUCCUUCAGGCCUCAGCCAGACUGUGGACCUUCUUAGUAGCCUCAUUCUGCCUCACCUGCAGCACAGAGAUGCUCUGUCUGGUUGCACGGUCCUUCUCCAUGGUCCUGCAGGCAGCGGCAAGAUGACUGUGGUGAGAUCGGCAAGUCGCAGGCUGAACCUCCACCUGCUAAAGGUAGACUGUGUAACUUUGUGUGCAGACACUCCUGCAGCGGCUGAAGUGAAGCUGUCAUCAGUGUUCCAGCGAGCCAACGCCCUGCAGCCCUGUAUCCUACUGCUCAGAAACCUACAGCUCCUGCUCAAAGCUCGAGGAGCUGCUGAAGACGAUGGCAGGGUCCAGGCAGUUCUUUGUCAGCUGCUCGCCAGCGCCCCCACCAGUGUGGUAGUAGCCGCCACGGUUUGCAGAGCUCGGGAUCUCUCCGCUGGCGUCAUGGGGGCAUUUGUCCACCAGGUAGAGAUGGAGAACCCCACCGAGGAGCAGCGGCUCUCCAUGUUGGUCAGUCUGAGUGGAGAACUUCAUCUGGGGAGAGACGUCAACCUAGAGAGGCUGUCCAAACUGACGGCAGGUUUGGUGCUGGGGGAUCUGAGCACGCUGCUGACUGAAGCUGGAAGAGCUGCCUGCAGGAGGCUGAUCCAUACCUGUGGUGGGCUACAGGAGGAGGACUUGUGUUCCAGUGGGGUGACCAUCAUGAACCAGGACUUCAGCUGUGCCCUGGAAACGCUGCAGGACGCCCAGUCUAAAGCCAUCGGAGCCCCAAAGAUCCCUAACGUGUGUUGGGAGGAUAUUGGAGGUUUGGAGCAUGUGAAGAAGGAAAUCCUGGACACUGUGCAACUUCCUCUGCAAUGUCCUGAGCUCCUGUCUUUGGGCCUAAACCGGACCGGAGUCCUGCUGUAUGGACCACCCGGGACAGGAAAGACACUUCUGGCCAAAGCUGUGGCCACAGAGUGCUCCAUGACCUUCCUCAGUGUCAAGGGUCCAGAGCUCAUCAACAUGUAUGUGGGUCAGAGCGAAGAAAACAUCAGAGAAGUGUUCCACAGAGCGCGCUCAGCAGCUCCCUGUGUCGUCUUCUUUGACGAGCUGGACUCUCUGGCUCCCAACAGGGGCCGCAGUGGAGACUCUGGAGGUGUGAUGGACAGAGUCGUGUCUCAAUUGCUGGCUGAACUGGAUUCGUUGCAGUCGUCGCCUGGAGUUUUUGUGAUCGGAGCCACAAACCGUCCUGAUCUGCUGGACCAGUCGCUGCUCAGACCCGGCAGGUUUGAUAAACUGGUCUAUGUUGGGAUCAGUGAGGACCGAGUCUCCAAGUUGCAGGUUCUCCAGGCCAUCCUCCGAAAGUUCCAGUUGGAGCCAGCAGUGAAUCUGCAGGAUCUAGUGGAUCAAUGUCCUGCUCACAUGACCGGCGCCGAUCUGUACGCUCUCUGUUCUGAUGCUAUGACGGCUGCCAUCAAGAGGAAGAUCCACUUGAUCAAUGAUGGUCUGGAUUCAGAGGAUUCCCCUGUUCUCGUCUCUGUAGAGGAUUUCUCUUCUGCUCUGAAAAACUUCAAGCCUUCUGUUUCUGAAAAGGAGCUGCAGCGAUACCGGAACAUUCAUCAGAAACUCACUGGAAAGUAGAAGCCCUCUGUGAGGCGAUUUCACCAAGUUUAGUUGCUUAAAGCUCCAGCCAGAUGACGGAGAAAAUGUUUGAGCUGGAGUUGGAAAAAUAAUCGAUCACAGCUGAAAAGCACUAACAUGGAAAUUACAUUAAGAAAGGUUAAUUUAUAAGGAACAAAUGUUAAUAAAUAUGAGUGAAAAGAC